AAAAUUAAUAGACAUUAAGCAUCUAAAUUGUGAAAAUAAAUAAUUUAUAUACUUUAGUGUGGAUUCAAGUGCUGUUGUUUAUUCCGUUCACUCCAUAAGCAAAUAAUACUACAUUAAAUGCUCUGAAUAUGAGUGUAUGCGUAACUGUAGCGCAGAAUCAAGUUAGCCUUACAGCCUUAAGUGUUGGACCAGUUUCCUGUCACAUGUUCUCUACAGUUGGAUCAUAUGACAUCAGCCAAUGAAAAUGAAAGCUGGGUGCAGCCAGCUGAAACCUGUAGUGCUUAUUUUUAUCUUUAAUUUAUGUUUUUACGCAAGUUACCAGCUGACUGAGCUGAAGGUAUGUAAGCUCUGCGCCGGUGCAGUCCUAAAUGGCACCGCAGUGGGCCAGUUUUGUUCCUCGUCCGCUGGUCGGAUUGACGGGCGCUGCUGCUUGAGAAACGACAACACAAGCGACCCUGAACACAUCAUUGGGUUGGACCUGUCCAACUGCUCACUAGCUCACGUAGAGGAUCUCCAGGGAGCAUCGACAGCAUUAAUGAUAGACCUCUCUCUCAAUCCCAUUGUCAACAUCAGUGACACAGCAUUUCAAGGAUUUAUUGAGUUAAAUUACUUGAUUUUGCCGCAAGACAUAUUUUGUCCAGGAGGCAACACUUCUUGGGAAAAGGUCGAGGUCAAAGAGGGAAAUCGUCGUUGUGAAGGCCAGAAAGAUAUGUGCAACCAGACUGGACAGCUGUCCAUUAUCUGCCCAGAGAACUCCCUCUGCGGCCCCUAUGGCCCCGGCUUCUUUGAGUGCAGCUGUGCUGGCAACUAUCAUGGAUACAAGUGUCUUCGGGAGGGCGAGUUUCCAGCCCUCCAGGUGUUUGGGCCUCUGGGAGCAUCCACGGUUGUGAUCUCUUUCCUGCUGUGGGUCACCCAGAGACGUAACGUUAAGGCACUCUGAGGCUGAACUGCAGUCGACUUCUUUAUUUGCAGUGAUCUACUGAGCUGAAACGGACUGUUGUGAAAACCAAAAUGCUGACAAAAGUCUGAAGUGACCCCAGGCUUUUUUUAAAACAUUAUUUUGCACCUUUGUGGGGCAGCUACAGUUUAACUGCCAUUGACUUUUAUUUUACUCCAUCAUCCUUGCAAUUUUAGAGUGAACUCUUAAAGUUUUAAAUUUGAGACAAUAAUACCACUGUUGUCACUUUAAUUCUUUUUUUUUUUUGGGAAGUCAACCGACACAAAGUAUUAACGAAGAAGGUUUGCUCGUUGUGCCAAACACGCACUGAACAUGCAUCUACAUGUCCUAAAGCAGAUUUGAGAAAAUCUGGAUCUUUUGGUUUUGUUUACUUCAUGUUGAACAUGUACUUUACUCAGAACAAAUGCCAAGUUCGCGAUAUGAAUCAUGAUAUAAAAUGUAAACUUUAACUGACCUUUGUGCUUUAAGCUUGUCUUUAUCAAGUUAUGACUACUGCAGUACGUUUAGUCACCACCUGCUGUUACCUUGCAUGUUUGACUCAGAAAUGAAACAAGACUCAAAACGUU